AUGGUGAUGGAGCGGCUGGCGGACUUCGUCAGCAAGUCCUUGGAAGGUGGUGAAGCACCUGCUCCUCGGGACGUGGACUACGAUGAUGGGGACGAGGAGGUGGAUAUCACUGCUCUUGAAGAGAAAGCGCCGCCGGCAAAGAGACCGAGAAAUUGGCUAGUGUCACCCCUUCCCGCACAGCAUUAUAAACGGGAGGAAGAUGAUGAUGAUAACAAGCACGAUAUUACAGAGAAAUCAAACUGUGGAGUUGGAAAUGUCGGUGGUAAACAAAGACGGUCCCGCACAAACUUCACACUAGAACAAUUGGGCGAGUUGGAGAGACUGUUCGAUGAAACGCACUAUCCUGAUGCUUUCAUGAGAGAAGAACUCAGCCAAAGGCUAGGGCUGAGCGAAGCCCGCGUUCAGGUGUGGUUCCAAAACCGAAGAGCGAAAUGCCGUAAACACGAAAGUCAAAUGCACAAAGGUCUACUAGUCAGUGGAAGUGGCACUCCACUCGAGCCAUGCCGCGUGGCGCCUUACGUAGCUGUACCGCGGCUGGGAUCCGUCCCCGGUGGACAAAGACCGCCACCGCCUCCGAUACAACUCGCACCGCACCCUUCACCCACGGCUUUCGCGCCAUUCGAUUCAGCUCUUUUAUCAGCUGCAGCACAUCAGUAUGCAACUGCAGCAGCAGCAGCAGCCGCCGCAGCAUUGUGUCCGCCAUACGCAGGAUUUGCAGCGCUUGCAGCGCGAUGUAGAUCCUCCUCAAUCGCUGACCUGCGUCUUAAGGCAAGGCGACACGCGGCCGCACUCGCUGCUGCUCGUGGUUCCACACCACCACCUUCAACCCCAACGCCCGCUGCUGCUCAGUCUCCCGCUGAUACAUAGCCCACAGCUUGUAGCUGAAGAUACAACUAAAUAAAAGGAAUGAGCGGUGCCCUGUUCAUCAUUUUUCAGUUAAUAUAAAUUUUACCGUUCCAAGUGGAUACAAAUACAAUUUUAAAUUUCUAUUACUUCGAAGGGGUGUGUUAAAAAAGUAUUUUUAAAAUAUGUCAUAUGCGUAACAAUAAGCAUUAUUUAAAUAAGAAUUACGUAUAGUUAUCAUAAGGUAAGAAUAUAAUUCCCUAUUAAGAUUGAAUCCUAAAGAUAAGAAUAUUCUGUAAAUAUGUUUCAAACAUCUUCAUUGGUCUGAAUUUCUCGUUCCUUGUAGAUAUUAGUUUGAGCGAAUGACCAAAACAUUUAAAAACACUAAUAAUUGUAAAUGAAUAUAAUCUGUGAUAAGUGUCAGAAUGUAAAAACGGGACGUGAUAUGAGAUAUCCCAAUACUUAGGUUACUUCCUAAUUAAUAUUUAUACUCUACUAAUUCUGACUAUAUAAUGAGUUUUGUAAAUAAUAUGUACUUAAAACAGACUUGUGAUUGUAAUGAUUGCUUUCAACUAUGUAAGUUUAUAUUAAAUUAUAAGAUCAUUGAGCGUUUAAAUAAAAUACCAUAUCCAAUUGGCAAAUACAGACUAUUUUUCAUUAUUAUGGCGAGUUGAUAGUUGAAGUGGUGAAUUAUUUGAAGUGAUUGUUCGAAUCGAU